AACCUACAUAAACCACUACUUUAGAAUAAACUUCUCAUUCUCACCAUAGCUAGCCGCAGCGGCCGGUUUAUUAUGUGACACGACGUGAAAGUGAUAGUUUGCAACGUUUUGGAAGUGCUCCGAAGAUUGAUGCAAUCAGUAGUGAGAUCCGCCAUUAGGGUGCCCGCCGCCAUGCUGGAUUCCUAGGGUGCGAAUACAGUGAACUUGUGUCCCGGUUAAUAAUGAACUUGAAAUUAACGUGACGCUUUCUAAAAUGAAGUUAAUUACCGUGAUAAUAAUCGGUGUGUUUACUGUAACAUCAGCCAUCCGAGUUCCGCCAUCGUGGCCUAAGAAACAAAAUCUACAGCACGUGCAUAAAUUCAGGACGACAGUUCGACCGAGUGUUGGAAGUGAAAUUGGUUAUCGAACAAGACCACAUGUUAUUCAAAUACAACAUAAUAAAAUCAACAGUAGGCAGAAAUAUCAACCUCGGAUACAACGACAUCCUAACCUCAAAAGGAGCGGACCGAAGACAGAAUUCAAGGCCAGCGCCACGACCAAUGACUGGACACCAGUUUUCCCAGCUUAUAUGUUUCAACAAGAUUUGAAAAACUUCAAAGAACCUUUUAUACGAAAAAAUGAAUAUAAGAAAAAAUCACCACUUUAUAAGAAUUAUCGAGACGAUAAAACACAUGAACCUAGUUAUGACACAGAGACAGUAAAAGAGCGACAUAUACACAAGGAAACACCAAAAAAUGAAUAUGAAGCGGUACCAGACGUACCAACACGACCGAUUUAUCCAGGAGAAGGGCAAUGGGCCAAAAAAGGGAUAAAACACCGACCGUUUAUCAGCAAUCACAAAUUCAAAAAACUUGAAGAUGACUCUGAAGAUGUCAGACCAGACGGUUAUGAAAUUUUCGAGCAAAAUAAGAAACUAUUUGAUAGGCAAAAAGAACAAUUUAGGGACAAUAUUGACCAAUUCCCACAGAAACACAAAUUGGGGGAAUACAGGCGACCAAAGCAGGAAGUUGAGGAAGAAGAAGAAGAAGAAGAUACGGAAGGUGAUGAUGAAGAAGAACAAGAGCAAGGAUUUGUUCCAAUAAAACUUUAUACACAAGUAAGACGAAGUGAAUCCGAAGAACAUCUUCCAAGACUUGUCGAAGAUCCUAGGUUGCGAGAAGUCAUUAAAGAUUCAAAAAUUCAGACUGUUUAUACUGAAGAAGGGUAUGAAGAUAUUGCUUAUGAUCACGCCGGUCAUGAGAAAACGGCUGAGCAAGAUGAAGGUUUUGCCGAGUUUGAUAAAGAAAUAGAAAAAGAAAAACAACGCCGGAAGAAAAAAGAAGAAGAGGAGAAAUCCGAAGAUGACAGUCAAACUGCAGGUUCGCAACAUAAAACUGUCAAUAAACCUAUCAAAAUAAAGAAAGAUAACUUUUUGAAGACUGAAGAAAUCCAAACGGCGUCGCUGAAAGACCAAGAUGGAGACAAGACCGAAUUGGAAAUUUUGAGUGAGAUUAAAGUUUUGGCAAGUCCUGAAAAUGGAACCACAACUCAUAAAUAUGUUAAAAUUGUGCCCAAGAUGUACAAAUAUGAUAAAAUUAAUGAUACGACACAAAUUCCUGAAAUGAUGUCUAUGGAAAGUGUGAUGAGGAAACAUUUCCGAAGAAGAUUCAAACGCUACGCUAAUGAAUAUCCAAAAAUUGAGAUCGACACCGACUUUAUCGAUAAAAUCAAACACGAUAUACCAAAAUCCCCAAAAAUUAAGGAAAAACCGAAAUACCCUUAUUAUAACGAUAAAAGAAUAAACCCCUACUCUCCACUGCGUUACGCUGAAGAUCUUGAUAACAUACCGAAGAAAACUGAAGACGAUUUUGCAUUUUACAACCAAGCUGAUAAGAUUGAAUGUGAGGAAGUCCAAAGUAAUGUAGAUCCAAUUCCUGCUAGGGUAAAAAAUGUCAGCGAUGAUCCUGAAAAUGCUGAAGAAGCAUCAGACGUGCAAGCCUUGCCUCAAACACCACGACUGAGAAAUCUCGGGGAUAAAAUCGACUGUUUCAAAGUGAAAUAUUUCGGUGAAAAUCCUCUAGAUAGUCCGUUUUUUAAAGAAAAAGAUAUUGGACCUGUAAUUCCACUUUUUAACGUGUUCAGCAAAGCGACAAGUAUUGAUGUGAAACCCAACGAAAUUCCGUUUGAAGAAAAAAGGAGCUAUUCGUCAAAAAUUUCAGUUCGCAAAGAAUUGAAGCAAAAAGAUGACAAUCAUUUAGGAGUUAAUAUUCUGAGUGAUGUCAUCGGACAGUUUCAAAAGCCGAAGGUGGAAGUAACAACAGAAGUUCAAAAAGUUCUGAAAUUGGAAAUUGUGACCCCGAAACCCGACAUUGUGGAAAACCAGACUGAAGCAGCAACAAUUUCGAUUAUUACAACUCCUAAAUAUACAAUCGAUUUGAAACCGAAACAUAUUUAUCAUCAAAUCGAACUGUUAGACCAUUUGCCUUAUCAGGAAAAAAUGGAUACGGAUGUUACUUCAACAGUAUUUCCACCAAAUCAUCGUCAGAGUAAAAGUAUAGAGGAAGUGACCGGAAUUACGGACACAACUAUUAACACUAGUGAAGAAACAGCUCCAGAGAGUCAAGCCUUGAGGAAUAGGAGAAGGCGUUUAAAAGCGAAACCACCAUCUCUACAAAGACGCAAAAGGCCUUAUCACCACAUUUUCGAUAUCAAUAAAUACAUUCCGACUCAUUCCUACAAUUAUUUAAAUCGCAUUAUCCGGACUAGUACUUCAGUACCAAAACAGAACGUCAAAAGUGAAGUACAUUACAAACAUGAGAUAAAACCAGAUGAACAACUUAAUGUCUUUGCCGACGUUAUCAAUAAUAUCAAAAAUUCGAGUAAAGACCCGCAACAAAUUGCUGCAUCUUCGUCAAGUCGAAUUGGAGUCAAAUUAAAUGUUGUUGAGAAUUAUCAAAAAGUUCCUCUCCCUGAGAACGAUGAUUUAGACAAUGUUGACGAUAAAAACGGUUUUUAUUUAAGUUCAACCACUGUGGCACCAAGAGGGAAGAUUAGAUAUUCGUCGUAUAAACAUAAAGAUGAACUGACAAAUAGAGAAAGGGGACAAUAUGAGAACCUUGAACUUUUGAAAGUGAAUAGAAAAUUGACAACGUCGACAACAUCAGAACCAUAUUCUGGAAAUACAAGAAUUGCGACUGAAGAGGAAGAAGAGGAGGAAGAACUGGAAGAUACGACUGAAAAAGUUGUAGGUUUGAUGCCUCCAGAUCCUAGUCGCUACAAAACGAUUUUCACUCCUAGAAUAGUUGAAGAAAUCAAAAUGAAUAAUUUUUAUGUCGUUGGAAUGAAACCACCAUCUUUCAAACAAAAAGUUUACUUAUAUUCUGAUUUCAAAACGCGCCGUUCUCAUAGUAAAAGAAAGCACAGUUAUCUGCGAAGGGGUAAAAGGAGUGCGCAAAGACCUUCAUAUUCGGAAGUUGUAAGAAACCGAAAUAAACCGAUUGAUCUUGAGGACGAUACGGAAGUCAAAGUUGAAGAAGACGACGAUUAUGUCCCUCAUCGUCCCAAAAAUUAUCACUACGAUGAAAAAACCGGACGCAUUGUGUACGAUAAAGUCGAAACAGAAGCACCAGAAGAAGAAUACAUUGAAGUUACAGAAGCACCGCUUCCGAAACCUACAAGACGGAAUUCAAUCACCACACCAAAAUUUGAAGAAUACACAGGCCCUUCGUAUGUCGAUUUCGUGAAAAAGCUAAAAAGUGAUCCAAAAUAUCAGGAAAUUACUGAUCCUCCAACCACGGAAAAAGAAGCAGAAGAUGUAACAACAACGACCACAACAAGGAAACCGAUUUCGACAGACCCACCCGAAUUUUUAAGUAUUUUAGCCAAAGUUAGGACCGAUUCCACUUAUAAAACUAUCGAAGAUGAAAAAAAGGUGAAGGCAAAGACUAUGACUACGACCGAAACACCGGAAGAGGAAGAACAAGAAAGUCAAGUAGAAAACGUUCAGAAUUCACCUGGGGGUCAACUUGGUGGUUCCAAUUUCCAGAUUUUUGACAUAACUGAGUAUUUGCCUAAAGUUAAAACGUACAGUCCUCGGACUUCAAUUGAUUAUUCUAAAUACAAGACAAUUGAACGGUCUAAUCCAUCAACUCGACAUAAUAUGAGCAGUAGGUAUAAUUCUGACCAACUCCUGGAAAAUGUUAAACAUACUAGUGAAGUACCGAUAAUGGAAGACAGAAAUUCAGACGAAGGGACUGAAAUCAAUCCUGUGAUGAGUGAGAGUAAGCACGAAGAUGUUGAGCCAAGUACAACAACAACAGAAGUACCUUCAAGUACCACCACUACUAGAAGAGUCCGAACACGGACUAAAACUCGAGGAAGCAGAAGACCUACUCAGAGGGCUACAACUCAAGCUACUGUCCGUAGUACUGCGAGAAGUACCGUAACAGAAUCACCUCAAGUACAACACGACAAACCACGAAGGACUUUUCCGAGAAGACAACGGACAAGAAUAAGGGUCACUAAACCAACAACAGAACUACCGGAAACGGAAACACAAGAAACAGUGAAUGUUAAAGUCGUCCGCAGAAGACACCAAUCCGAACCAAUCGAUCGAAUCGACUCGUCUCGUGUAGUCGGUUACGAAAAAAAAUCAAACCAGACAAAAGAACCCAGAAAAAUUGACAGUGUUGAAGUAGUUCAAAAAUACGAUGAAACAAAGAAACACGGUGGUAACUAUAGAAAAGAAACCGAAGAAAGUGAAUCGAAAAAAACACAUAAUGUUAGAAGACUGACUGAUAUUGUUCAAAAACCUGCAGCCUUUUACACUGAUCCCAAACUACCAAAAAAAGUCAAUCAGUUGAUGGAGGUUAAAAUUGAUGACACUGAAAUUGUGGAAGAGGGUGAAGAAAAUAAAAAUGAAGACGACGUGGCUGUAGAUUAUGACUACGAAGGGUCUGAAGAGAAAACAACAACGACAAAAAAGCCGUUUUUUGUAAAAGAUCCAAGUAAAAGAUUGUAUUAUUAUGCUCCUAUUUAAUUUAAUGAAAAUCAAAACUGUUGUAGAUAGUUAAUAAAUAUUGUUGUUAUUUAA